CGAUUUGAAUUUCCCCUAACCCCCAACGAGAGGGGCAAAAUACCCGGAUGGUGCUCUCUAGCGUUUUCGCGCCAAUAUUGUAACCUCACCACAACUUGACGGCGAGGCAGAAUCUUCCAGAUGGAGUGGGCUCUGAGACAGGCCCUGUUGCACGUGGCCCUGGCUGGCUGCUUUUGCGUGGCCACCAUCUAUAUGGGUGUCUUCCAGGAUGUCUUUGUCCAAGUGGGCUAUGAGUGCUACGCGGAGGCCCCCGUGGCCAGCCUCCCUGCCUUCCUAACCAUGCCCUUCAACUCGCUCAUCAACGUGGCCUACAUGCUCCUGGGGUGGCACUGGCUGCGCAGAGACGGAGGCCCACUGAGGUGCUCGGCAGAGGCGCCAAGGGCCCGUUACCUGCAGGCAGUCUUUGCGGCCAUGGCUCUCCUCUAUGGCCCUGUGCAGUGGCUGAGGAUUGGGACACAAGCCCACCCUGCCGCGGUGCUUGACCAAUGGCUCACCUUGCCCAUAUUUGCCUGGCUGGUGGUCUGGUGCCUCUACCUGGACAAGGGCUGGAAGCCCUGGCUGUUCUUCGCUACCGAAUGCCUCUCCCUCAGCAGCUACGGCCUGGCCCUGCUGCACCCCUGGGGGUUUGAAGUCGCCCUGGGUGUACACAUCCUGGUCGCAGUGGUGCAAGCCCUGCAGGCCCAGGCUCGGAGUGGCAAUGCCACCACGCGUGCCUACCUGAUUCUGGGGUUCCUCUCCUGCCUGGGUUUUGUGGUCCUCAAGCUGUGGGACCACCAGCUUGCACAGUGGCGUCUCUUCCAGCGGUUGACAGGCCACUUCUGGUCCAAAGUCUGUGACGUCCUUCAGUUCCACUUUGCCUUUUUGUUCCUGACGACUUUAAACCGUCACCAGAGCUUCCCUGCGGAGGAGAAGAAGCGUAAGCUGUAGAAAGAAGCACCUGACAACCAAUGACACCCCCCUCCAACAUCUGUUCCAGUGACUGUCAUUCACUUUCAAAGAGCUCAAGCAAACGGGGCCAAGGUAAAGCCUCGUGUUUGUACUGCUCUUGUCAAGUGUCUACCUUGUCAAACUUGCCAAAAUAAAGUGUGGAGUUGGGGUAAUGAUGACUCCUA